AGCGAAAGCAAGGGGAGAGAAAAGAGCGAGAGAGGUAUAUUCGAAACAAAAUUCAGAUUCAGAGUGACACGCAUAUUCGGUUGACGUAAAGACCGUUAGUUGUUGAAGAGAAGAAACCAAGGCGAAGAAAGCAGAGCACAGAGGGAACCUGCCACCUCUGCCUUGGCCUUUUCUCUCUUUUAAAGUCCAACCAGAACCCUACCUAACACUCUCUUCUUCUCCUUUCUUACUUUCAUGCCGAUGUAUUUCAACUUUCUUUCUUUAUUUCGGGUCAAGAUGGAUGAUUUCUCAGCAACAUCAGGGCAUUCGUCAGCCGCUUCUACGUCCUCUUCAUACUCACGAUUGUCAUUAUUUACCAAUUACCCUCUUGUUUCAGCUGUUCUGUCAUUCGUUAUUGCCCAAUCUAUCAAGUUCUUCACCUUCUGGUACAGGGAAAGAAGAUGCGAUCUCAAGCAGUUUGUUGGAUCUGGUGGAAUGCCAUCAUCCCAUUCUGCAACUGUUACUGCCCUUGCUAUGGCCAUUGGGUUACAAGAAGGCUUUGGAGGGUCUCUGUUUGCUAUUGCAUUGAUCUUAGCAUGUGUUGUGAUGUACGAUGCAACUGGUGUAAGACUUCAGGCCGGGCGCCAGGCAGAGUUGUUAAAUCAAAUUGUAUAUGAACUGCCUUCUGAACAUCCUCUCGCUGAAAGCAGACCAUUGCGUGAACUUCUUGGUCACACCCCUCCUCAGGUCAUUGCAGGUGGUUUACUUGGUAUUGUCACAGCAGUUAUUGGCCAUGUGAUCAUCGUAGUCAUCAGUGGGCAAUCUUAGGCUCAAGUACCCCUCAUAUAGCAUCAUCGUGCACAGCUCUAACACUUGAUCAUGCCACGGAACAGAAUUCAUAUUGCAUAUCUGUGACCAUAAUCACUUUCUGAAUUUGAAUGAGGAGACUCUGGUUUUAACUUGCCAUGUUCUUCCAUUGUACUAUAAUCUCUUCAUUCAAACAGUUGCGUUUCUGCAAUGUAAUUUGAUUGAUUGAUUGGUUGAAACAUUGGUUGUGGUUAUAAUGGAAAUUCUCUUAUAUAUCAACUAUGAAGUUGGAAAAUUAUUGCA